GGGUGUGAGGCUGUGUCCCUGCGUGUCGCUGACACACACGCACACUGAUACCAGCCCUGCUUCGACGUGCGUGUCAUGGCUUAAAAAUAGAUGCUAAUCCGUCAACCGGUCUGGCGCUGGCAGCCGAGGCGGCGGUGGCAGCAGAGUCAUGGCCGUGGGGCUGUCUGAGCCUGCGAUCUGCCUCCGGGACUGAGACCCGCGCCGCCUCCCGAGCAGCAGCUACCUGGAGACCGACCCCUCAUCACCGCGGCCACCCCUGUGGCUGCCACGGUUCCUGCCGCCUCUAAGAUGUGCCCCGGUAACUGGCUCUGGGCCUCGGUGACAUUCAUGGCCCGCUUCUCCCGGAGUGGCUCGAGGCCUCCUGUUCGCACGAGAGGGGCCCUGGAAGAGGUACCAGCUGUCCAGCAUCCCUUCCUCAACGUCUUUGAGUUGGAAAGGCUUCUCUACACGGGCAAGACGGCCUGUAACCACGCCGACGAGGUCUGGCCAGGCCUCUACCUCGGAGACCAGGAAAUAGCCAACAACCACCGGGAGCUCCGUCGCCUGGGCAUCAGCCACGUCCUCAACGCCUCUCACAGCAGGUGGCGAGGGACACCCGAGGCCUACGAGGGGCUGGGCAUCCGCUACCUGGGUGUCGAGGCCCACGACUCGCCAGCCUUCGAUAUGAGCGUCCACUUCCAGGCGGCCGCUGACUUCAUCCACCGGGCACUGAGCCAGCCGGGAGGGAGGAUCCUGGUGCACUGUGCCGUGGGGGUGAGCCGCUCGGCCACCCUGGUGCUGGCCUACCUCAUGCUGUACCACCGCCUCACCCUCGUGGAGGCCAUCAAAAAAGUCAAGGACCACCGAGGCAUCAUCCCCAAUAGGGGCUUCUUGAGGCAACUCCUGGCCCUGGACCGCAGGCUGCGGCAGCGUCUGGAGGCGUGAGGGGGCAGAGGGA